CCUCCCUUAGACUCUUUCCCAGCAACUUCCCCUCCCCCUGACACACAGCCCUUCCUGCCUCCACCUCUCCUCUGCAGUCUGUACUUUGAUGACAUCUCUGGGACCAAGUCCAUGAUCUCCCCCCCCCCAGACUGAACCCCCCCAAUGUGUAAAGGAGCUAAGUGAGCUGCAGGGUUCCUUGUGUGCAGGUCCCUCUGUGGCUCCCUGACCACCUAGACCAUUAGAAUGGAUCAAGACGACAGUCAUUAUGGGGGUACCCACUCCAUCAUAGGAGCGGAGGAUGAAGACUUUGAGAAUGAUAUUGAGCCGAAUGUUGAUGACCAAAGCAGCUAUUUCCAGAGCAUUGAACUCGUAAAGGAGCACCCUGCUUAUAUUAUGGUGUUUCUUCAUCAUGUUGUACUACAGUUUGACCCAAGCCCAGUGCUCUGCUACCUGCACGUGGAGAUCCUGAGAAACCUCAAUGCCAAAGAGGGAAAAAAGCUUUUCUUGGAUUUCUACAAUACGUUCCUCAUGAAAGGAGCGGUUAUGCGUGUCCAAAUCCCAAACAGCGUCUCCUUUGAACUGGAUCGGACAAGGCCAGACCUCAUCCCAGAUGACACACUCAAGAAGUAUCUCCAGGAGAUUCAGGCGUACCAGUUUCCAGAGAUUUCCAGACAGCUGGAAGAUUUCAGGGCUAAGCGGGUAUUGGGCAUGACUCCCGGCGAGACUGAACUUAAAGAACUGGAGUCUUAUCGGACCAAUGAUAAAUACAUCCUACAAUCCAAAGAGAAACAGCUGGCAGAGCGCCUACUGGUCAAGCUGGAUGAUAUGCACCCAAGCAUCUCUCCGGACGAGGAGAAAAGCUCUGCUAUUGUUCAUGCCAUCGCCAUCUACAUGAAGCACAUCGGGGUGAAGACCAAGGCGGCGGAUAGCAAAAAGCCUAAAAGUGGCUUUUUCCGGAAAAUGGUGUCUGCUAAGAAGCCAGAUGAACCUCCAAAGAGCAAGAAACCGUUCAGCAUCUGGAACCGCAAUGAAACCCCCCACAAUGUUGAUCCCAGGCCGAAGCUUGAGCCCGAAGCUGACAAACAAGGGGCCCCGGAGAGAAAGUUCAGCCACGGGCAGAGGACCUUUGACAGGAGCGACAGCAGCCUUGCGAAGCCCAAAGCCACCAAUGAGGGCCCGGACCUUGGUGUAUCUGUCACCAUACACCCUCCACCCAGUGAUCCCAGCGACAGUGACACAGUGUCUGAUGGAACCUCAUCCUUGGAUGUCACAGAUGUGUCCAAAGGGUCUCCAACCACAGAGCUGUGCCCAACAGACCAGCAAGAGGACAGUGCAGAGAAUGACAGACGGAAGAAAAGGAACUCUAGUAAACUGGGUCGCUCAGAGAGCCUGCGAGUUUACGAGCGCAAGCGUUCCCAGCGAGGCUCGGCUAAAGGCAAGCAGGCGCGCUCUCGCAGUGAUGUGGAUCUGGAGGCUGCAGCCCGAGCAAACGACUUGCAGCUCUCUUCAAGCAAAUCCAGCUCUAAAUCAGGCAACUUCACUCCUGAGCCUGGAGGGAGUGCAGAUGGUCCGCCGUCCUUUCUGCUUCCCCAGUCUGAGGAGACUGAGCCGCGCGUUUUGGAGAUCGAGAAUGACCCCCCAAACUGGAGGGAACUCGUCCCCCCUGAAACACUCCUCAGGCUGACGAAAAGCGAAAUCAAGCGGCAAGAGGUCAUCAAUGAACUGCUAUUCACAGAGCACGCUCAUGUUAGGAUGUUGCGUGUCCUCCAUGACAUCUUCUACCUUCCCAUGUUGAAUUCCUGGAUACCCAACAUGGAGCUGGAAAAUAUCUUCCCCAGUCUGGAUGACCUCAUAGAUGCUCAUGCCUUGUUCCUGGAUAACUUGAAAAAGCUGCGUCAGGAGAACAACUCCGUAAUCCAGGAGAUCGGGGACACGUUGCUACAGCGGUUUGAUGGCACAGAGGGACAAUGGUUUCAGAAGAUCUCUUCGAGGUUCUGUAGCCGACAGCCAUUUGCCCUGGAACAGCUGAAACAGAAGCAGAAGAAAGACCCCAGAUUCACACAGUUUAUUCAGGAGGCAGAGAGCCAUCCUCAAUGUCGCCGGUUACAAUUAAAGGAUAUUAUCCCCUUUGAGAUGCAGAGACUGACCAAAUACCCCCUACUACUGCAGAAUAUCGCAAACCUCACCGAGGAAGACGAGGAGAAGCAAAAAGUACAAAAGGCGGCUGAGAGUUGUCGGCAGAUCCUGAACCACGUCAAUACAGAAGUCCGAGAGAUGGAGAAUAAGAUGAAACUCACUGAUUACCAAAGACGUCUUGAUAUGUCAAACUUGAAGCAGAGCAGUGACCCGCUGUUCAAUGAGUUCAAGAACAUUGAUAUCAGCAAGAAAAAUCUCAUCUAUGAGGGAGCACUUACUUGGAGGGUCAGCAAGGACAAGUCAGUAGAUGUUCACGUCUUGCUGUUGGAUGACAUCAUGAUGCUACUUCAGAAGCAAGAUGAGCGAUUAGUCUUGAAGUGCCAAAGUCGGACACUCACCCCAACGCCGGAUGGGAAGCUGAUGCUGAGUCCAAUCAUUAAGCUGAAUACGGCAAUGGCUCGAGAAGUGGCUACUGAUAACAAGGCCUUCUUUGUUAUAUUCAAAUGGGAGGACAGACCGCAGAUUUAUGAACUGGUGGCCCCCACCACAUCUGAGAAAAACAUGUGGUUUUCUCUGGUCAAGCAAAGUACUGGCCAUUUUGAACCAUCUUCAAGCAAGGCAAGAAUGUCCUACAGCAGUCAACGCAUGAUCCCACAGAGCCCCUCGGAAUUUAGUGAGAAUGGUGCUUCCCUGAAGGAGUCUGUCACCAAAGAGGAAAAGGAGUCUUUGGAGGAAGCUGGUUUAGGACCGGAGGAGAGUCUUGGGGACCCGACCCUUAUGGAACAUCUGGCCCACAACUUGGGGGGCAAUGUGGCCAGUUCAGCUCUGGAAGAGGUGACGGUGCUGAAGAGGUUGUUAGUACGCAACAUUCGCCUUAGCCUUGAUGUGGAGUCGUUCCCCAACUUGGAGAGUUGGUCUGAUUUUUCCCGCGAAGAAACCGGAGCAUCUCAAAAUGUUCAAGAGGAAAAGGCCGCCAAUGGAGACCAGGAAGGAGAUAAUUCUGUUCCAGAGUCCGAGCGAGAAGGCAGAGACCCGGGAGAGAACGGUCAAGUCCUGGCCUCCAGAGAUGUUGGAGAGUCUCUAUGCGCUCCCAUCGUACUAUCUCAGGAGCAAUCGGAAGAGGUUAGAAGGCAUAUCCUACUACUGGAGGAGAAGGUCCACCAACUUAAGGUGAUAGAAGAGGAUUACCUACACCUGCAGAGGACAGUCACCAAAUUUUCAGUAUCACAAAGUAGUUUUACAUGAAACAGGGAAGUUCAAAUGUAUUUUCAUCACUUCCACAUCCACCAAGAAGGACAGCAACUCAACGCCAAAAUCUCCAUCUUUGUGUUCCCUUUGGGAUGGAUAAUCAUGCGGGUGGGACUAACCAAGACUGCCAGUCAUAGGAUGUGGGUGGGUGGGCGACCUUUUUUUUUUUAAAGGAGGCUCCUGUUUUAUUUCUAGUGGUCAAGACACAAGUGCCUUUUUUUGUUUUUAUAUGUAAUUUUUCAGGGACUGUAGCAGGGUGGGGAGAUCAAACAUCUCUCUCUUUAUAUAUAUAUAUAUAUAUGAUGUAUUCUCUUUUUUUUUUCUUUAAGUAUAUAUAUAUUAGAUAUAGAGAUUGUUAUUGUAGCUGUACAGUAAAAUGAUAUUGUUUGCUUAUUA